AUGAGCUGCAUCAUUACAGAUCCGUGUACUACUCCACAAACAACUUGUCUCCACAUCUCUCCACUUUCCAAAAAAAUCAUUCAUUAAAAAAUCGACAAUAUUGCCCGUUCGUUCAUUUCCUGUCAUCUUUUCAAAGUCGUAAAAUGGGAGGAAUGGGAUUUUUUAAGCAACGAUACCAACAACCAUCGUCAACUAAUUAUCCAAUAAAUCAAAUUGAGAUUUGGAGACCUUGGGAAACUAAUGUGAACGACGAAACAGACAACAUUGUUGCUGAGGAAAGUUGUGCACAUCCUUGUAAUUUCGACAUUUGCAACGCUGUAUUCAAACUGGAAAGCGAGCGACGCCGUCACGAAGAAUUGCAGAAACAUUGCAGAAAUGUCGAAAGCUGUCAGUUCUGUGAAGCAACUUUCACAAGAAAAGAUAAUCUGACCCGACACAUCAAAAUGAAGCACAGAGCCCCUCAAAAUCCAAGAUGCAAAUACUGCAAUAAAAAAUUAUCCAGACGAGAUGCUGUCCAACGACACAUGACCACUUGUCCCCGAAAUCCGGAUAAAGGCCAAAUCCAGGGCUUUCUCGUGCCCCAUAACUCAAGUUGGGAGAGAGAGCACUGAGCUUUCGGUUCCUUGUGUCAAUUUCAAUGUCACAAAUCUUCUGCGCCUCCUCCUCCUUUUUCUUGUGAUGUUUUUCAUACAUUUAUUAUUACAAAUGUGAUCUGGGAUUAUUUUUGCUUUUUUUGUGAUUAUAGUGUUAAAUAAAAGACUGAAUAAAUGCUUAAUCUGUCAUAAUUCUUUA